AUGGAGAGCUAUGGUGGCCAACCUUCGCAUCGAAGAUGGCACUUGAUGAUGAGUGAUCAGAAGUCAUCAUGGUGGGUGUGGAUGAAAAGGGGACUGAUGGUCCUCUGCAUCCUGUACGUGGCCACACCAUUUGUUCUGCGAUUCUUUCCCGGUGUCAUACAAUACCUGGUUUAUAAGCAUGCUGUAACAUACUUUGUUGACCUGAGGCAUCCUUCUGGUCUUGGCUGUAAUCACACUGUCAAUAUGUACCUGACCCCAGAACAAGGAGUGACAGUAGGAGUAUGGCACACAGUUCCUGAGCAAAAAUGGAAGGAGGCUCAAGGUAAAAGUUUAGCAUGGUAUGAGCAGUCUUUGGGGGAUGGAUCUCCUGUUUUCAUCUACUUCCAUGGCAAUACGGGUAACAGAGCAGCUCCACAUCGUAUAGGAGUUGCCAGUUUGUUAAGUGCUCUUGGCUAUCAUGCUGUGGUUAUGGAUUACCGAGGAUUUGGGGAUUCGACUGGAGAGCCCACUGAGGCUGGACUGACCACCGAUGCACUUUAUCUGUACUACUGGGUACGGGCACGCAGCAAGGACAGUCUGGUCAUCAUAUGGGGUCACUCCCUUGGCACAGGAGUGUCAACUAACACUGCAGUGAAACUACAAGAGCAAGGAAACCCCCCUGAUGCAGUCAUACUUGAAGGUGCUUUCAUAGAUGUAAACAUACCAGAUGGAGUUCCCCAUCCUUUCACCUGGUUUUACUGGAGAUUUCCAUACAUACAAUACUACUUUUCCCUGGACUCAAUUAAAGCAAAUACAUUCGUAAUGUCCAAUGUGGAAAACUUGAAAAAAAUGAGGACGCCUCUUAUGAUCCUUCAUUCUAAAGAUGACCACCUUACUCCUUUCUGGAUGGCUGAAGAGCUUUACAACACUGCUAAAAGUGUGCUGAAGCCAGAGGAAAAAGUCAGACUGGUGGCAUUUGAUGCAUCCCUUGGAUAUCUUCAUAAUGGACUUUAUAGAGAUCCUGGUUUGCCAAAUUUUAUAAGGAUCUUAAAAGACCAUAAUGAUGAUGAUGAUGAUGAUGAUGAUGAAUACAAAGAAUAA